CGAAAACUUUACCCAUCAGUACCUUAGCUCUCAGCUUGCUCUUCCUGCUCAACAAUCAACACCCAAACCAUGGCUUUCAACGGCAAGUGGGAAACCGAAUCUCAGGAAGGAUAUGAACCAUUCCUUAAAAUCAUUGGUAUCCCUGAUGAUAUCAUCGCAAAGGGGCGUGACUUUAAGCUUGUGACAGAGGUCAUCCAGAAUGGAGAUGAUUUCACAUGGAUCCAGUACUACCCAAAUAACCAUGUUGUGACCAACAAAUUCGUCGCUGGCAAGGAGAGCGAGAUGGAGACUGUUGGAGGAAAGAAAUUUAAGGGCACAGUCAACAUGGAAGGAGGCAAGCUGACUAUUGAUUUUCCCAAGUACAACCACACUUCUGAGAUCCGCGGUGGAAAGCUGGUGGAGACCUCCACGGCGAGUGCUGCUAGCGGUCCAGUUGUUUUUGUUCGUACCAGCAAGAAGAUCUAACUGCUGUAUUGAGAUAAAUGACCCUGUUCUGCUCUGACCUCCAAUUUACUUCAAUAAAGUGUACGAGCUAAACUGA